CUUCCACAACCGAUUGCCUGGCCUCGGAGGAAGGAACCGUGGACUUGACUUGACUUGGAACUUAAUCGGAGUGCCGUUGCGGAGUUUCCAAACAAGUUUUCUUUACGGACGCCACUUGUUCGCUUUGGAGCAACAUUCUUCAGCUCAGAAGUCAGCGGGGUCCAGGGAGACGGCAAGCUCCGGCACGGGGCGUCGGCGUCGGUCGGGCCGCGUUUCACGAGGCUCAACCAUGCGGCGGCGCCUGGAACGGAUCCGGAAUUGGGGCCACAGGCGGGAUGAUAUCGUGGAUCUGUUGGACUCGCCCGACAUGUCGGAUGCAGAAUCCAGCGAGGAGGUCGCUUCAGCAAACGUUUCGGCAUCUCAAGAUGAAUCCCAAUCGGAUCUGAAUGAGAUGAAAGGACACCUGGAGAUGGCCUGGUUGGAGAAGCAUUUUUUACAGGAGGAGUUGAGGAAACUCCGGGAGGAAGAACUCGGCAUGGAAGCGCUGCGUCAGGAGCUGGAGCGGGAACGCUGCAGGAACGUGGAACUUGAGCAAAAGCUCCAAGACAUCAACCACGGCAGGUCCGUCACUCCAAAAGCCCCGCCCCCUCCCGACAUCACCACCACCACCACCACCAAUCCCGCGAAGGAAGACGCUUACGGUCGCUUCCAAAGAUGGCUUUCCAAGCACGUGGGCGUGGACUUUGACGACUUCCACGCGCAAGCGCAGGAGGAGGCGCCUGAGCCGGACGAGCCGCUCAGUGCCAGGAGGCUGACGGAAAACAUGAGGCGGGCCAAGAGAGGACUGAGGCCCGUCACCAGCUUCCUGCGCGACCUCUCGGCCUUGUCCGACUGGCAUUCCGUCUACACCACGGCCAUCGCCUUCACUAUCUACAUGUACGCCACGUGGCGCGGCUGGACCAUCUCCGCGUUCCUCUUCCUGGCUGUCCUGCGCCUUUCUUUGAACUACCUCAUUGCCAGGGGCUGGAGGAUCCAGUGGAGCAUCGUUCCGGAAGUCUCGGAGCCUGUGGAACCUCCCAGAGAAGACCUGAGCGUGUCAGAGAAGUUCCAGCUGGUUCUGCACGUGGCCCAGAGGGCUCAGAAUAUCUUUGGCAAGAUGGCCGACAUCCUGGAGAAGAUCAAGAAUCUCUUCAUGUGGGUGGAGCCUGAGUUGACCAAGAAGCUGUACGUGGCUCUGUGGGUGUCCUUCAUCGCCUCCUGCCUGCUGCCUUACAAACUGCUGGGAUUCAUCAUCGGUGUGUUUGUGGGCAUCAAAUUCUUCGUCGUCAACUUCAUCUUCAAAAGUUGCCCCAAACUGCGACGGCGCUACGACACGGCGCACAUCGUGUGGAGCGGCCUGCCCACCGACGUCCAGAUGAGGGAGCGGGCCUGCGACUCCGCCGGCAGACGCGCUCUCGGCAGCGGCGACGACGGAGGCGGCGGAAGUCGAUCCUACAGCACCAAGCGGGGAACCUUCCGCGAGGUCUUCAACCUCCCCGAGAGUGAGCGCCCCCUAGCAGUCUGCGACGGCGGCUGGCGCUGCUGCCUCAUCAACCGCGACAAGAAGACGCCGGCGGACUACAUCCGCAACGGAGUCCUCUACGUCACCGACAACUACUUGUGCUUCGAGUGUUCCCGCUCAUCUUCAUCCAAGAGGGACAAAGUCAUCAAACUGCUGGACAUCACCGACAUCCAGAAGUACAAAGUGUUGUCCGUGCUACCUGGCCUCGGGAUGGGCAUCUCCAUAGCAACGCCGUUCACCCAGAAGCCGCUGGUGUUUGGAACCAUGACCAAUCGGGACGAAGUCUUCGACGCCAUCUCGGCCCAGCGCAACCUGGUGGUCGCCAUGGAGACGGCCGCCACCCCGCCGACGUCGUAACCCUUCCUCCUCCUCGCGCCGCGACCAAGCCAUCGGCGAUUGGCCGCGUGAAAGGAAUCGGUCCCGAGGACUCGUCACGACAAAUUUCCCAAAAUGCACCACGUCAGCUGAUCACGGCUUGUUGCAGUGAUUGAAAUUUUUUUUCCGAAUCGAUUUGAUGCUUCUUGACGACGGCUUUUGCGAAUCUUUUGAUGUCGUCUUUUUUUUACGAUUUCAAAGUCCUCGUGGGGUUUUAAAGUUUUUAUACAUGUUGAAAUGAGACGUGCCUUUCUUUUUAAAAAAAUUUAAUACAAUGGCUCUUUUGAACCCCUUGCUGGCG